CCGGCGCCGGCUUUUCGGGACCCGCCGAGCGCUGGCUUGGGCGCCGGGAGGCGAGGCGAGGCCGGCCCCACCCCGAGGUACCUCCACAAGGAAGUUAGAAGAACCACAGGCUGAAAGACAAGCAACCAUGUCUUCUGUUGCCACAUACUACAAUGGGAAGUCGGUACUCAUCACAGGAGCCACAGGUUUUAUGGGGAAAGUCCUCGUGGAAAAGCUCCUGCGCUCCAGCCCUGAUGUGAAGGCCGUUUACAUCCUCGUGAGACCCAAGUCUGGUCAAUCAAUGCAAGAGCGAGUGGUGGAUAUGGUGAAAUGCAAGGUCUUUGACAGAGUUCGAGAAGGAUGGCCCAACUUCCAUGAGAAGAUCAAAGCCAUCAAUGCCGAGCUCACCCAGCCAAACCUGGCUAUCUGUCCUGAGGACACUCGAGAGCUCCUUUCUGAAGUCAAUAUUGUCUUCCACUGUGCUGCAACUGUUCGCUUUGAUGAGCCAUUGAAGCAUGCUCUUCUCCUGAAUGUCAUGGGGACGCAGCAGCUCUUGGUGCUGGCUCGCCAGAUGCAUAACCUGGAGGCCUUCAUUCAUGUUUCAACUGCCUAUGCAAACUGUAACCAGAGGCACAUAGAAGAAGUCAUCUACCCACCUCCUGUGGAGCCCAAGAAACUUUUCAGUCUUGUGGAGUGGAUGGAUGAGUCCCUCGUUCAAGAGAUUACACCCAAGCUGAUUGGAGAUUGGCCCAAUACCUACACGUUCACUAAAGCCUUGACUGAGUAUCUCGUUCAGCAAGAGAAGGGUGGCUUAAAUGUUGCCAUCAUCCGACCAUCCAUCGUGGGAGCCAGCUGGCAGGAACCGUUUCCCGGUUGGAUUGACAACUUCAACGGAACAAGUGGUUUUCUUAUUGCGGCUGGAAAGGGAAUUAUACGGACUGUAAAAUGCAACCUUGAUGCAGUAGCAGAUAUAGUUCCAGUCGAUGUGGCUAUUAAUCUCAUUCUUGCUGCUGGAUGGUACACUGCAGUUCACAGACCUAAAUCAAUGUUGAUAUACAACUGCACAACGGGCGGUAUCAACCCUUUCUGCUGGGGAGAGAUGGAAAAUUAUGUCAUAGCCACAUACAAGAGGAACCCCUUGGAGAAAGCCUUCAGAAUACCUAGUGCUAACAUGACCUCAAACUACCUGAUCCACCAGUAUUGGACGACGGUCAGUCACAGAGUCCCAGCUCUGCUCUACGAUUUGUAUCUGAGAUUAACAGGAAGGAAGCCAAGGAUGAUGAAGAUCUUCAAUCGCCUGCACAGGACUAUGACCCUGUUAGAAUAUUUUACCAGCCAGACUUGGGAAUGGAGUUCAGACAAUAUGAACAUGUUAAUGAAUCAGCUCAGCCCCAAAGACAAGAAAUUAUUCUGCUUUGAUGUCCGUCAGCUGCAUUGGUCCGAGUACAUUGAAAAUUACUGUGUAGGAACAAAGAAGUAUCUGCUGAAUGAAGACAUGGCUGGAAUCCCUGCUGCCAAGCAGCACUUAAGAAAGCUAAGGAACAUUCAGUACGCAUUUAACACCACUCUGCUUGUGAUCAUUUGGCGUGUUUUCAUUGCAAGGUCACAAAUGGCUCAGAAUAUAUGGUAUUUCGUGGUGAACCUUUGCUACAAGUUCCUGAGCUACUUCCGGGCUUCCAGCACCCUCAGGCAUUGAAUACCCUGACCUGGUUCCUGACAACAGAAGGUCUCCUGAAAGGGUCGCCAUCUCCUCCAAACAACUGUGGGCGUUUGGGCUUGAAAAGUCUCUUUUGACUGCAGCACCAUCCAGCCUGCAUCAUGAUAACAGCACUGUUGAUUUUUUUUUACAUACUAAUGCUUUAAUGCUCCAUCAUCUUUCUUUUAGGUCCACCAGCCUAAUUCUCAAAGCCAUAACCAAAGUUAUGAACAUAAGUGAAUUCCCCCCUCCCCAGUGAAGGGCUGUGGAUUACCAAAGCUUUUGUCUUUUACCUUCGAAGCUACCUAAGAUCUCCUCCACCCCACCCACCCCAAACCCAGUCUUGCUAAUUACGUCCUAGCUAAAAUAUGGGAAAUAGCAAGGAGCACAAAAAACCCAAGAGAUAACUGACCAAACUAACCAAAGGUAUUCCCCCCCCCAAACCAGUUCAUAACUGAAUGGAGACAAAUGAGGAUUAUCUGCUUUGCUUUUUGAAACUCUUUCCAGGGAUCUGAUGUAUCAUUCAAAAUCAAGUCGAAACACAGAAAACAAAAUCCACAGAAGAUGGUUGGAUGGGUUGAGUUUUUUUCUUUUUUCCCUCUUCCGUUGUGCCCCAGGCUAGAUAUUAGAGUGGCCAGCUACAGGUUGGGAAAUCCCCGGACAUGUGGGGGGUGGAGCCUGGAGAAAGCGGGGUUUGGGAAGGGGAUGGACCUCAGCAGUGUAUAAUGUCCACCCACCUAAGCAGCAAUUUUCUCCAGGGGAACUAAUCUGUAUGGCCUGGAGGUCAGUUGUAAUUCCGGGAGAUCUCCAGCCACCACUUGAAGACUGGCAAUCCUAUAAGAUAUUUUCAAGUCCCUUUACAUGGACUGAAGUAUGUUUUAAAGUGCACAGACAACAGAGGACACAAUCUGUACCACAAACUUAAAUUAGUUUUAGAGCCAUUUCCUCUCUCUCAAGGAACCAUGGGAACUAACAGUGCAAUCUUAAAAAGAGUUACUCCAGUCUACGACCAUUGAAAUUAUGGGCUUAGACGGGAGACACUCUCCAUAGGAUUGCACUAUAAGAUUCCAACCUCCCCUUAUAAAACUACAAUUCCCAGAAUUCUCAACUGUAUCUAUAACUCCCAGAAUUCUUUGCAGGAAGUCAUGUUAUUUAAAUAGUGUAAAUCUACUAUGUUUGUUAUGUAGGUGAAUACAUAUAGCAAGCAGUCUGUUUUAGGGCCCUACCCUGUCCUGGUUGUCCAUUUAAUAUGCAUCUGAUGUUUUUUGGGGUGCAGAGAGAGCACAUGUUCUCAAAAUCAAUAUGAGAGUAUAUUGCUGCUGAGGAAAUAAGAUUCUUUCUGUAGCUUGCAAAAUAGUAAAUAGUCCAGUAGCACCUUUAAGACUAACCAUCUUUAUUGUAGCAUAAGCUACAUGCAUCUGAUGAAGAGAGCUGCGGUUCUCGAAAGCUUAUGCUUCAAUAAAGACGGUUAGUCUUAAAGGUGCUACUGGACUCUACUAUUUUGCAACUACAGACUAACAUGGCGAACUCCUCUGUUUCUGAGGGCUGUUCCAUAUUGAAUGGACAUUGCAGGCAUUUAGUGAACAGAGCCCUGUGGCUGGCAUGCUACGUCGUCCCAUCCACCUCCUGUUUCUGCACUACGUUGCCAUCAGCCUGGAAGGAGAAUUUGCUGAAAUCUGACAUUGGCAAGCCUCAGGUCCACCUCAGGGAAAGCCCCUCCACAUUAAUGUCUUGGGAGCCAGUGUAGGGUUAUGGUAAAGGCCAGAGCUGUGCAUUGCACACUCCAUUGUUGCUACUGAAAACAAGAACCCUGUGCUUAAUUUCCCCCUUCCUCCUUAAAGACCAUUGACACAUGGAAUGAUACUACCAUGUGUGUUUCCUCACCCAGCUUCAUUGGUUGUCCCCGAGAGAUGGAGUGAAUAAAUGCACAGUGUAAAGAUAUUGUGCAUGAGACUUUGCAUAUUAGAAGAGAACUCAACAAGCACACUUGGGUUGCAGCCUGGCCUUGAACAGAUCUUGUCCUUCUGGCCUAAGACCUUAAAUUGAGAACAAAGGAAUCCCUGGGCUUGCUUUUUAAUCCUGUUCAUAAGUUUGCUGAUGACAGUAAAUGCAAUUGAUCUUCAGAGAUUGCAUGAACUGGGCUGGGUAAUGCAUGUGAACUAGCAUAUGUCCGUCGUCAUGGUUUGGGCUGUGGGGGGGGGGGUCAUCUUGCAAAAGCUGUUCAUUGUUUGCAAUGUUUGUUCGUCAAUGAGGGCAAAAUCACUGAUUGAUCAGACAGCAACAACAGUGCAUGAGAAAAUGAGUAGAUUUCUAAAUUUGGCAACACAUUUCAAACAUAGAUGUUCCUCCUUAGGAGAAACUGGCCCUGUUCCCAUGUUACAGUGAACACUCAUGCAUCCUGCCUAUAUGUGCAUAUGUCUUCUCAGAAAAAGCCAAUUUGAGUUCACUUUGCAAUGAAACCAGGGACCAGUACCCAGAUCUAUCUGUGGUUUCAGUCACAUGUUCAGCUGUACGUAUGUUGAAUAUCACAUGAGAAUUACUUAACACACAUGAAGAAAAUGCAGGUAUACGCUCUAUAUGGAUUAUAUUUGCAUUCACUAUACUUUGUGAACAAGGCUACUGUUUAACAAAUACACUAAAAAUCAGUACUCUUGAUUGAAUUGCAUCUCACGCAGCCUGCUGUAGAGUAAAUGGAUUUAUUUAACAUUGGAAGGAAACAUUUUAGUGAACUUGAAUGGCAGUAGAGAAUCUGUUCCCUUUUUAUUUGGAUAGGAAGGAAAAGGCAGGUGGAGGAAGACAUGAGGCCGACAGUCGAGGCCCUCUGGGUCCAGGCAAAAUCUCUGCUUGCAUCUGGAAACAUUUAUGCCCAGGUCAGAUCAGCAUGAACCAGCAAAUGCCUGGAAGUAGAUCAAUGCUAGAACCUGGUGGUGGUGGAGAGUGCUGUCACGUCAUGGCUGAUUGAUGGUACCCCUGGUGGGGCUUUCAAGGCAAGAGACUAACAGAGGUGGUUUGCCAUUGCCUGCCUCUGCAACCCUGGUCUUCGUUGGAGGUCUCCCAUCCAAUUACUAACCAAGACCGAUGUUGCUUAGCUUCCUAGAUCUAACAAGAUCAGGCUUGUCUGAGCUAUCCAGAUCAGGGCCUAGAACCUGGAGAGGAUAAUAUUUGCCCCCUUUCCUGGCACUCACCAUAAAGGGCAGCAAUGGGUAAGCCAGAAGUUUCCCUAUUUUGAGUCCCCACUAACCCUGAUGGUCGCUGAGACAUCUUACACGGGAACACUCAAGUGUAGGUAGACACAAUGUUAGCUGGAAAGUGUAGUUUAAAAAGACAGAGCCAAAGUCUCUGUCAAUUUCAUCUCUCUACAGGAGGGUAGUUUUA